AUGCACUUCAACCUCGCCGCGAUCCUCUCCCUCGCCCCGCUUGCCCUCGCGGGCAUCCCCCGCCCCCGAAUGGUCAACACCGUCGUGGAGACCAACAACAUGCCCAUGAUGCGUCCCUCGCCCAACGAAACCAUCGGGCACGCAAUCGUCUUCAACAACUGCGAGAUGCCCAUCUACCUGUGGUCCGUGGGCCAGGACAUCAGCCCGCAGUACCAGCUCAUUCCGGGCGACAGCUACUCCGAGGUGUACCGCCGCGACUCGCAGAGCGGCGGCGUCGCCAUCAAGAUUACCACCGUCAAGAACGGCCUGUACCUCAGCGCUCCGCAGACGGUCUUCGCGUAUAACCUUGUCGAGAACCUGGUCUGGUACGACCUCUCCGAUGUCUUUGGCGACCCAUUCCAGGGUGAGAUUGUCACCGUUGAGCCCUCGGAGCCCGAGAUCUGGUGGAAUGAGGGCGUUCCCCCCAGCGGUAGCCAGGUGCGCUUGUUGGAGGCGUCGAAUGAUUUGGUGUUGAGCGUCUGCUAUUGA